AUGGAUAUAGAUAUUGAAGAUACUGAAUCUAAUAAUUAUUCUGAUGAUGAAACAAAAUUAUCACUGUUUGAAAGAGGACAACCAACUACUGAUGCAAUUAAUGAAAUUAGUGAGAUAUUUGAUAUAUAUUGUCUUGAGUCACUUAACCUAAUUUUUAAAUUAAGCAUAUUUGAUGAAAUUAGUACAACACGAGAUUAUUUUAAUAGAAUUAUGCAGCAUCAUUCUGAACAAACUUCUAGAAUUAGCCAAUACCAAACUGUUGAAUUAGUUUAA